ACUGGACAGGAAGAAAGGUCCAUCUUGGACCCAGGUGAUGGUGGGAGCUAACCACUCCCAGCCCUUGGUGACCCUCAGCUUUGCCCCAGAUGUGAGGUCAUAGUUCUCCUUUGUGAUGCCAAGCUGAGUGGCCACAAGAUCCUCCUCGCUGCUCUUCUCCCUCCACUCUGAUGUUGCCGCUCGCAGCGUGGCUUGUGGGUAGCGGCCCGGGGAUCCCCGUUGAGAAGUCAUGUCAUCCCGAGGCAGCCCCGGCCCGCCACGGGCGAAGAGUACAGGGAGUUCACGCUCCAAGAGUCCUCGCUCCCGAUCGGGGAGCCCCGGACACAUGAGGACGAGGACUCCGUCCCCCGGACACGGCUUGGACCACCCGUCCGGAUCGCGGGCCUCGUCCAGAGAACGAUCCUCGGUCAGGUCCAGGUCCCGGACUCCGGAACGUGGUCGCGCGGUGGUCAAGACCGGAGCGGUGGUCAUCGACACCGGGACCGGGACGUGCAAAGCGGGGUUCGCGGGUCAGCAGACCCCGCAAGUGUCCGUCGGGACGCUGGUGGGAUACCCGACGGAGCGGUCCAUGAGGUCUCGGAGAAACAGGCCGGACACUUUUGUGGGACAACAAGCCCGGCUGGAACCCGAUCUCAACAUCACGUUACCCGUGAGACACGGAAUUAUCAUUGACUGGGAGGCCGCCGAGACUCUCUGGAGGCAUCUCAUGACGCAACUCAACACUUUUCCGGAAGAACACGCUCUCCUCAUGUCCGAUCCACCGCUGUGUCCGACCACCAACCGGGAGAAGCUGGUGGAAGUGGUCUUCGAGUCGCUGAACUCCCCGGCUAUGUACGUGGCCUACCAGUCCGUGUUGUCCGUCUACGCCCACGGCAAGAUCAGCGGCCUCGUCGUCGACACGGGGUACGCCACGACCCACACGGUGCCCGUCCACCAAGGCUACAACCUCCCGCACGCGACGGAGAGGCUCGACGUCGCCGGGAGCAACAUCACGUGCUUUUUGAUGGACCUCCUCAAGGACAAGGGCUACUACUUCGACGACCGGAUGUUGGCCGUCGUGGAAGACAUCAAGCGCAAGUGUUGUUACGUCGCGCUCGAUUUCGAGGCCGAGUGGAGCCACCCCAAGCGGGAGUACUCGGCGGACUACCACCUCCCCGACGGUCAGGUCAUCAAUCUCGGGAAAGAGCGGUUCCAGUGUCCGGAGCUGCUGUUCCACCCGCCGCAGACCCCGGGGUUGUCCCAAGUGGGCAUCCACGGCAUGGCGUUGCGGAGCCUGAGGAAGGUCCCCGAGGAGGUCAAGAAGGACAUGUACGAGAACAUCCUCCUCUGCGGAGGCUCCUCCCUCUUCGAGGGCUUGGAGAAGAGGUUCACCCACGACGUCAUGACCGGCGUGACCACCAACACCAAGGUGAAAGUGGCUGCCAUCCCCUUGCGGCAGUACUCCGUCUGGACCGGCGGGUCCGUCCUGGCCUCGCUGAAGAACUUCCAGUCGUGUUGGGUCAAGAGGGAGCAGUACAACGAGCACGGCCCGUACAUCGUCCACAGGAAGUGCUACUGAGACUGGGGCUGAGGGUCUACCCAGUUACUCGCUUCUGGGUAGACCGGCGUUGGACGUGUCUGGAAAUAAAACCAGUGUGUUUGCGCAAACUUGAA